AUGAUGUUCCCUGGCCUCCUCGCGCCCCCCGCCGGGUACCCGAGCCUCUUGCGCCCCACGCCCACCUUAACGCUGCCCCAGUCCCUGCAGUCGGCAUUUUCCGGCCACUCGAGCUUUCUGGUGGAGGAUCUGAUCCGAAUCAGCCGGCCUCCGGCUUACCUGCCCCGCAGCUUACCCACGGCCAGCAUGUCGCCCCCUAGGCAGGGGGCCCCCGCGACUCUCACAGACACCGGGACCUCGGACCUGGGCUCCCCGGGUCCAGGCAGCCGACCGGACGGUUCACCUCAGACGGCCGCCGCCCCUGCCAGCGAGCCAACGUUUCUGAAGUUUGGGGUUAACGCCAUCCUCUCCUCUGCUCCCAGAACCGAAACAUCCCCUGCCUUACUCCAGAGCGUCCCUCCCAAGACCUUCGCCUUUCCCUACUUUGAAGGCUCCUUCCAGCCUUUCAUCAGAUCUUCUUAUUUCCCAGCGUCCUCGAGCGUCGUGCCCAUCCCGGGGACCUUCUCCUGGCCGCUUGCUGCCCGCGGCAAGCCUCGCCGAGGCAUGCUGCGACGAGCCGUGUUCUCCGACGUGCAGCGCAAGGCGCUGGAGAAGAUGUUCCAGAAGCAGAAGUACAUCAGCAAGCCCGACCGCAAGAAGCUGGCGGCCAAGUUGGGCUUGAAAGACUCACAAGUGAAAAUCUGGUUCCAGAACCGACGCAUGAAGUGGCGGAACUCCAAGGAGCGCGAGCUUCUGUCUAGCGGGGGCUGCCGAGAGCAGACCCUUCCCACGAAACUCAAUCCGCACCCGGACCUCAGCGACGUGGGCCAGAAGGGCCCAGGGGAUGACGAGGAGGAAGACGACGGCCCGGGCAGCCCCCGCCACCGCCUGGUCUAUCACGCGUCCCCAGACCCUCGGCACCUGCGGGACCCGCGGCUGGAAGGGCCGCUGCCUGCCUCACCGGCUCACUCCAGCAGCCCCGGCAAGCCUUCGGACUUCUCCGACUCCGAGGACGAUGAGGAGGGCGAAGAGGAGGAGAUCACCGUGUCUUAG